AUGACCGAAAUCUUAGCACAGACGCCUCCUAUUCUACACGGCCCUUCGGACAAGGAAAGGAAGUACGAUCGUCAGCUCAGGUUAUGGGCUGCUUCGGGCCAGGCCGCCUUGGAAUCCGCAAACAUCCUCCUAAUUAACUCUGGGCCCGGUACGGCUGGCAUCGAGACUUUGAAGAAUCUCGUCCUGCCCGGCAUUGGCAAAUUUACUAUUGCAGACAAUGCCGCCGUUCAAGAGGUGGAUCUCGGCGUCAACUUUUUCCUCGAUGAGUCCUCUCUCGGCAAAUCGAGAGCGCAGUGCUGUACUGAACUACUGCUCGAGCUUAAUCCAGAAGUUAAUGGAUCCUGGAACUCUACAGAUACCGCCAGCCUCCAGAGACUACUUGAUGUUCCGGAGGGUUUCACCAUGAUCAUGUAUAACCUUCCUUUACAACCAGAAAUGCUUCAGGUCAUUGAGACAUACGGCCGUCAGCAUGGUACUCCGCUUGUUGCUAUCCACUCUGUUGGAUUCUACUCCUACUUUCGCAUUGCACUACCAGGCACAUUUCCCAUCGUUGAUACUCACCCGGAUGAGACCGCUACGACAGACUUGAGACUCCUCUCUCCUUGGCCGGAACUCUCUGAGUUUUCUAGCGAAAUGACCAAAGACAUUGAGUAUCUAGACCACCACGAGCAUGGCCAUAUUCCCAUGGUUGUAAUUCUGCUUCACUACCUCAACAUCUGGAAGGAAGAGCAUAACGGCGCCUAUCCAACGGCGUACAGCGAAAAGACGGCAUUUCGAGAGCUCGUAUCCAAGGCCAUGAGACGCGAUAAUCCCGAGGGAGGAGAAGAAAACUUUGAGGAGGCUGUUGCUGCCGUCAUGAAGCACGUCGUUGCCCCGUCACUCCCUUCAUCUCUAAAGCAGGUUUUUGAAUAUGAGCACAAGGAUGAGCAGCAGUCAAAGUCCAGCUUCUGGAUCAUUGCCGAGGCCUUGAAAGAGUUCUACGCCGAACACCAACGCCUGCCUGUGGCUGGUGGCUUGCUUGAUAUGAAGGCGCAGUCCAAUGUUUACAUUCAGCUGCAGAACAUUUACAAAGAGAAAGCUCGGCAGGACGCAAACGACGUUUUUUCCAGAGCUCAAAAGAUCUCAGGAGAUGUAGAUAUUGAUCAGGCAGAGGUAGAGCAGUUCUGCACUAAUGCUCGGUUCAUCAAGUUGAUUAAUACUACGGGAGAGGAGCCCCCAAGCAUGGGACAGAUUAUAGAGCGAGAACUUGGCAACGACGAAAUCGCCGCCAUCGCCGGACCAGAAAUGCCAAUGUCAUUAAUCCCCAUCUACCUUGCCUUGGGCGCAUCGUCAUCUACCUCGGCUGCCUCAGCUGAUGAUAUUAUUGCUGCAGUUCUUGAAAAGGCGCCUGCUCUCAGGAACAACGAGCGCCUGACUCAGGUAGCCCAGGAGCUGUCGCGAGCGGCUGGCGGAGAGCUACACAACAUUUCCGCCGUUAUUGGAGGCAUGGUGGCACAGGAGAUUAUCAAAAUCAUCACAAAGCAAUACAUUCCGAUAGACAACACCUGCAUAUUUGACGGAAUUGAGAGCCGAUGUCAGGUAUUGCGUUUAUAA